AUGUCACCAUCCAACUUUGAACCAGUUUCGCCUAUCGAUAUCACUGCCGCUAACUCUUCUAAACGCAAAUCUCGCACCGUUGGCUUUUCCGACCUCGACCUCGACGAAAAAUCAGAUUUCAGAAGCACUGUAAGAGCAUUCCCGUCAAGGACAAACUCAACGGCUUCCUCUACCGCCCCCUCCGUCAACCAGCCGGCGAGGAAGGCACGCUUCGCUGAAGCGACGUCUGUCUUCUCUCCAGCCGACGGCCCUGGAGAACAUCUCUCUCCAUUCGCAGAUCCCAAAAUGACCGAUCGGGAUACGACAAAUGCAAAUGAUACUCCGAAGCCUUCAGAUGUUGGCUUCGGCUAUAUUUCAGACAACCAACCCGUAGAGCAACAUGCGACACUCAGAGGAGACCUCAAUCCUGGUGGUGCUCCAUUGAAAUCAGCACUCAAAACACCUGGAACGGGUGCACGGUUGCUGAACCCGCUCAGUCCGACAUUUAGAGAAGAGGUGCUGUUGGAGAAGCAGGAGGAUAGCACGGACAAAGAACAGGCCAAGGAUCUGAAAGUAAAAACCCGAGUGCGUAUGGCGAAGAUGGUUCUCCGGGGGGUCAACUUCAGCUGUUCACUGAUCGUCCUCGCCAUGUUAUCCACCGUGUUGACCAUUUUCCAUGCCACCAAAUCCAUCCCUCCCCGCAACAACAUGCCUGCGUGGGCACCCAACCAAAAGACUUGGCCACAGAUAGUCGUCCUAUCGAUCGCUUGUGUAUCUCUCUUGUUCUCUAUCGUCGUCAUUUUCGCCUACUGCCGUGGUGGACACAGGCGCGCGGAGAAGGUCGCAGUCUAUUAUACCAUGUUCGCCGUGGGCUGGUUCAUGUUCAGCAUUGUCAUGUGGAUCGUUGGCGCCGGUAUUCUGCACGGGUCCAAGUCCAAUGGCAAUGGAGUAGACAUGUGGGGAUGGAGCUGCAAGGACAACAAGCGACGACAGCUUUUCGAGGAUGACGUGCAUUAUGCACUCGUCUGCCGUCUGCAGGACUGGUCUUUGAUCUGCUGCAUCAUCGAGGUGGUGGUGGAAGUCAUCGUCAUUGCCAUCUACGGCAUCGUCUUUUAUCGCUUCUGGAGCAAGAACCGCCUCCGGAAAUCCAUGGAUGCUCGUGACAAGGCCCGCACCGACCUGUACCUUGCACAGCUCCGAACACAGUCCGCACCCAACACUCCGGGCUUUGCUCAAACACCUAGGACGCCCGCUUUUCCGGGAUACAACAGCAACAAAGCCUACGACGCUUACAGCACCGCCGAGCAAGGCGAGUCACCCGUGAACUACACUUCGCCGCAAUCCGCCAGCAGUAACACAACCAGCCCGCCUUUCAAGCUCCAGGCACCGCCUAUCCGUGUUCAACAUGCGACACCCAGGCCCCCUGCGAUUGAAGCCUUCGACCGUGCAGUUUCUCCACCCCUGAACUCACCCCUACCCAAACCCGAGGACCGCGUCCACAGCCACGUAGACGCUGCUCCUGGCGAACAGACGUACGACGCAGUACCCAUACCCGGUGCCUAUCAGGCACCCAAUCGAAGUGGAACGCCAGGACAAGCGUUCUAA